AUGGGCGCGACACUAUCGACGCGGCCAGAGUGGGCGGCAGGCAGUGCAUCUGCCCAACAGCAACUGCAAACAUCCGCAUCAAAUCAGGAACUAUUGUAUGAUCUCCUUCGCGCUCUUCAGAAAAUAUGUAGAGAUCACCCUAACGAGUCAAGAGCUGAACUACGGGCUCCUCUUAAAUGGGCUACUUCUCUCAAGCCGGCUUCCUUCAAGGAUACCGCCAUAUGGAAUAUAGGUGGUUCGGCCAGAGCUGGAAAGCCGGUUGUUACUUCUAUAGCUACCAAAACCGAUGGAUCUCCUGCAUUCUUACUGGAUCCUGUCUCACAAAACGGUUCAGUUGCUACUCUGCCGGAACCCACAUUCACUGCUCGAGUAUGGACACUAGACCACCUCAACAAGGUACUAGAAGUCGCCGGUGCUGGAAAGUUAAAGGAAAUACAAGAAAUCGUAGAAUGCAAUCGAGAACCCAUGAAUUUGAUGUUUGAUGUACAAUCUACUGGAGACUCGGCCCUUUUAGAAGCCUUUGAUGUCAUCAAUGCUGAAGCCGAUCCUAAAAGGAAGGAGUCUGCUCAAAAAUUAUAUAAGCUGCUGCUACUAGUCCACGCUAUGGAUGUACAAUUAAUGCAAACAGCUUUGCUGACUAUGGAAAAGGAACGAGUACUAGACGUUCGCAAAGUAACCGAAGAACUAGCCAUGCUACAAGCCUUUUGUGGCAAAGACCAAAAAUACGCUCUCGCCUCCAUCGACUGGUCAUCAGACUACACAUUCGCGAACGGAUACCGUGCUCCUCCAUGGAGACAGGUGCACAAUGAAUUGGGAUAUAUGGAAGCUGUCCCCGCCGAUAGUGAAAAAGUAUGCAUCACUGCUACAAAAGGUGGAUAUUUUGUCAACAAGGGAUACCACCCAGACGAUAAAGGUGUCCCACAUCUGGAUUAUACCACGUCAAGUGAAACAUUCCCUACUUUGACUGCUUUGCUGAGAAGUAUCUCAAAGCAUUUCGCUGCUCGUGUCGAGAGUCAAGAUUAUUUAUAUAGACCUGAAUCAAGGAGAGCGUUAGAUGGUACUUCUCCUGGACCUGGUGAAGCUGCCGAAGACGACGAAGUUGAACAACGAAACGCAGAACGAAGUGCUCGACGAACAGACGCCAGUGCCCGACGAACAGCAAACAAUGGCGCCAACAAUAACAACAAUUCCAACAGUUCCCAAGCAAAGAGACGUACAAGUAAACUGCGUGGUGGUGCUCCAGCCCGUGCCGCAGAACCAUCCAUGAAAUGGCGUGCAUUGACAUCCACAAUGGACGAUUCAGCUAUUGGUCGUAAACGAAAAGAUGCUGAAAAGGGCCAUCAUGCUCAACGUGCCAGAUCUGAAUCACCUAGUAAAUCAAGAUCUGCUAGAAAGAAUAAGCCUCAUCAUGCUAUGAGCUAUGACGAUGAUUUUGCUGAGAGUGAUGAGAGUGCUGUUACGAGUGAGGAGGAGACCACUGAGAAGAGACAAGAAAACAGUGAAUUACCAGCUGAAUACUUUCAGAUUCAAAAGCUGGUCAAGUACCUCCGAGUUGGUAACCAAACAGCUACCAUCAUUGCUAUUUGCUCGCUUCGUGAUUUCGAUCUUUCGAAUGGCAAGUAUACAAUAUUGAGCAUGUCGCUUUUUGGUCAAUCGGCUAAUCACAACUCGGUCUAUGCAGAAUUCAACCAAUUGGCUAUCCGAGACGUUGGUGGUCUGGACACUCUUGUCAACUUGCUCGAUACCGAUGAUGCAAGAUGCAAAAUCGUUCAAAUCCGUAACGCUAUUGCAGAUUUGGAUGGCAUGUUAUCAUUGGUUGAAUUGCUGGUGGAUCCAGAUGAAGAGAUCAAAUGUUUGGCUGCUGAGACUAUCGCUCAUUGUGCUCGAAAUGCUCGAAAUCGUCGUGCCGUACGUCGCUACGGUGGUGUGAGGAAACUUGUUCGUCUGCUAAAGGCUCGACCAGGAUCAUCUGAUGAGAAAGUAGCCAUUUCUGGUGCUUUGGCUCUGGAGAGCUGCAGUAAAAGUGCAAACAACAAGGACGCUAUUCAAGCAGCUGGAGCCAUUCCUCUCCUUGCCGCAUUACUGGAAUCCAAGAAUGAAGAAUUGUUGAUUCCAGUAGUUGGCAUCCUUCAAGAAUGUGCUUCUGACGAACGAUACCGUCUCGCCAUUCGUAAAACCGGAAUGAUAAAGUUCCUAGUCGAGCAUCUGUCGUCCAAGAAUGUCAAUUUAUUGUGCCACUGUGCUAGUGCUAUUUUCAAGUGUGCUUGUGAAGAUGAAACUCGUGAACUCGUUCGUCAAUACAAUGGCUUGACACCUCUAGUCAACCUGUUGGAUAACGGUGGCAACAAGGACUUGUUGGUAGCUGCUACCGGAGCUGUUUGGAAAUGUGCUCAGAACCUGACGAACGUAGCCGCAUUCAACAAACUCAACACCAUCAAGAAGCUUGUUGGGCUUAUGGACAACCAGCCUGAAGAUGUACUUGUUAACGUCGUCGGAGCUCUAGGUGCUUGUGCACAAACUGAAGAAGGACGACGAGUGUUGCGAGAGUCUGGAGGCAUUACUCCCUUGGUUAAUUUGUUGACUGGAACCAAUCAAGCCUUGCUGGUUAAUGUUACCACUGCUGUUGGUGCCUGUGCACUCGAUGCUGAAAGCAUGAACGUCAUUGACCGUUUGGAUGGUGUACGUCUGUUGUGGUCUCUACUCAAAUCUCCAAGUCGACAAGUUCAGGCUUCUGCUGCUUGGGCUAUUUCACCCUGUAUAGAGCAUGCCAAAGAUGCGGGUGAAAUGGUUCGCUCAUUCGUCGGCGGUCUCGAACUGAUUGUCAGUCUCUUGAAAUCAGAUGAUCCAGAUGUAUUAGCAUCUGUAUGUGCUGCUAUUGCAAACAUUGCUUGUGAUGAGGAAAACUUGGCCGUCAUAACCGAUCAUGGUGUCGUACCCAUGCUCGCCAAACUCGCAAACACACGUAACGACAAAUUACGUAAACACUUGUCUGAAGCCAUUGCUCGAUGCUGUCGAUGGGGUAACAACCGUGUUGCCUUUGGUGCGGCUGGUGCUGUUGCACCACUUGUGAAAUAUCUCAAGUCGCCUGAUGAUGAAGUUCAUCGUACUACGGCGAGAGCUUUGCAUCAGCUUUCUAUGGAUCCUGAUAAUUGCAUUACAAUGCACGAGCAAGGUGUUGUCCAACUCUUAUUAUCGAUGGUUGGGUCACCAGAUGCUACAUUGCAAGAAGCUGCUGCUGGUACAAUAGGAAACAUUCGACGCCUAGCUCUAGUGAGCGAGAAGGCUCCUUUAUCAUAG